CUAGGCAUGCAGACUGCUUGUACAAAUAUUUGUGAAAGAAUAAGUCGCUCUCAGGAGCUCAGUGAAUUCAAGCGUGGUACCGUGAUAGGUUUUCACCUGUGCAAUACGUCCAUCCGUGAAACUUCUGUGCUACUAAAUAUCCCACGGUCAACUGCUGUGGUAUUAUAACAAAAUGAAAGCAACUGGGAACAACAGCAACAACCACCAUGCUGCCACUGGGCUCUACAGCAAUGGAGACGUGUUCUCUGGAGUAAAGAAUCACACUUCUCUGUCUGACAAUCCGAUGGACGUAUCUGGGUUCGGCGGUUGCCAGGAGAACGGUAUUUGCCUGGCCGCAUUGUGCCAAGUGUAA